UACAACCGGUGAAGAUGUAAACAAUGGGCGUAACUAUCCUUUUAGCCGGUGGUGUUUUCUUCAUUUCUUUGAAUGUAAUCAUCAGGAACGCAUUGAAAUUUGUAUUUCCAGAUAAACUUUCUGUAACCGACCUGUAUUUCAUCACCGAGAAAUGUGUGAAUUCACUGCAAGCAGUUCUAGCUACAUUGGUAGGAGUUAUUAUAUCACAGGCAUGUCAAGAAAACAUCAUGUCAGAUGUACACUGGCUGACAAACGCCUAUGCCUGGUUUGGUCUUCCAUACUUUCUGUAUGAUAUUUGGGCCAUGUACAAAACACAUUACUACCUCAAUCAAGAUCUCAUGUUAAAGAUGGAUGGACAGGAAAAAUUUACACACUUCGUCAUGUCGAACAAGGCUAUGCUUAUACACCAUGUUGUCCUUCCAUUCAUCUUUUUUCCUAGUAUUUUGUUUUUCCGUAACAACAAGGGAGACUACUUUGUUGGAGUAUUAUAUACAUGUGAGGCGGCAAUCCCUUUUAUUUCGCUGAGAUUUAUCUUGUCACAGUUGAAGAUGAAGAACAGUGCAAUUUAUGUUGUAGCAGGAUUGAUGAUGAUUUUUGUGUUCUUUAUUGUACGGGUGUGCAUUUUUCCUUUUCUUUACCUUAGUUAUGCAAACUUUGCAGAAAUUCCAUUAAUCCAGGUGCCAUUUAGUAUUCCGAUGAAAUGCAAUAUAGGAUGUCUUUUUAUUUUACUGAUUCAGUUUCAUUUUCUGUAUUUAAUGGUAAGAGGUGCCACAAGAGCAUUUUAUAAAAUGUAUGCAAGAAGAAAACAAGGGUAAUGGAGAUUUUUUGUUUGUAAGAUCUUUUUUUUUUACCUGGUGAACACCAGAUGCAUUAUUUUCACGACUGAAUGGUGUAGCCACAAACAGUAAUGUAUGAUGUGGUGUUCACAUGUGAUAUUAAUAUGUUUUUAUCUAGUAAUGUAAAACAAUCAAACUUUAUGCUACUAUCGUGUCUUUCAAAUAGUUUAAACUAAUUUUUGCCCAAUUAGCCCUUACAGGCAAUGAAAAAUUCCCUAUAUCUGUAUAUGCAUUUCAUUGUUAUAUUUCAAUAAUUCACCAGGCAAUGAAAAAUUCACUGUUAUAUUGUUCACUAAAAAUGACAAAGAAAAUUAGAAUAAGAAAUAAGAAUAAUAAACAUUUUUAUUUGUGAAUCUAAUCAGGGCACAUUGGUAUUAUAUUUUUUAUCAGAUUCCUUGUAGUUUUCACCCUUGCAGUGAAAAAAGACCAACAGGGGAGGUAAUUGCUGUUGAGAAUGGCUUUCCUGUGAAAUAGUUUACUACAACACAAAAUUGUCAGUUUAUUUUUAAAGACAGUCUGAAAUAAACUAUACAUUCCUUUGUAAGUAAAAUGUAUCAUUUGAAUUUUAGCAUAAAUUGUAUACUAUGGAGGGAGACAAUGACAGCCUAGGUAAAAAUAGGUGUGUAUUUUUGGGUGGGGAGUGGGGAGGGGUUGGUGUCCAGAUAACAAGAUAAAAUGAUUGCUCAAGACUAAACAGUUAUUUAGUUACUAAAAAGCAGCUAACUAAGGCUUAUAAAACAUUCCAGUUUUUAUAGGUUUGAACAGGGACUAUGUCACUACUGUUACUCAAGUUGUUAUCAAAGAAGCGGAGGGGGGUAUAUUGCUUUGCACAUGUUGGUUGUGUCGGUCGGUAACAAUUUUCGAUCAAUAACUUUAGAGCCACUUCAGUAAGAACAUUCAAACUUGGUAGCAUGAUUGGUCUUGUAAAGUAAAUGAUCACUUUUGUUUUGGGGUUCAAGACGUUUAAGGUCAAGGUCACACAGGCCUGAACUAUGAAAAUGGUAACUGCUCAAUAACUUGACUUUGAGAAUCACUUGACCCAUAUCCUUGAAACUACUAGCUUAAUUGGGCUUUUGAAGUAGAUUACUCCUAUUAUUUGGGGGUCAAUAGAUCAAAGUUCAUGGACACAGGGAUUUUAACCAUGGAAACAAUUCAGCUGAAUAACUUGGGAACCACUUGACUCAGUAUCUCCAAACUUGAUAGCAGAUGACCCAUAUUGUUUUAGGUGCUAGUAGGUCAAAGGUCAAGGUCAUAGCAAUUAUGGGACUAAAAAUGGGACAACCUUUCAUGGGGGCAUACAUGUUUACAAACGGCUCUUGUUUUAUGUGAUUUUUGUUUUCAAGAUCCAGACUUGUUGCUUC